AAUGCCACGACAACAACCUUCCUCCUCAAGCAAUUAUUUAAUUUUAAAUUUACUUUCAAAUAAAAACAAUACUUUUAUUUUUGAUUCAAUUAAUUGUGUUUUCCCAAAUUUACAAAAUUGUCGUUCAAUUGAAUUAAGAAGAUUUAAAUGUUGCUCUUUUAAUGAAAAUUCUGAAAAUUUAAAUAAAUAUAUUGAUGCAAUAUUUGUUGAAACAAAUAAUUCUCCAAUUAAAAAACGAGAAAAUAAAGAAAUUUGCAUUUUUGAAGAAAUACAAUCUGUUGAAUGGAAAGGGGUGUCUAAUUUCUUAAGUGAAGAUGAUGAAAGUGAAUUUGGAAAUAAAGAAGGAAAUUAUUGCAGUAUCACAAAAAGCUUUACUGGCCAAAGCAGUAUUUGGGGUGAAUAUAUAAUUGAAGAAAAAUACGAGGAAGAUAAGUAUGAGGGAGAAGAAGAGGAAGAGGAAGAAGAACAAAAUUAUAGAGGGCAUUUAUUUUUUGGUUAUAAAUGUAGUAAAGAAAAUAUAAAAUUAAAUUCUUUUGUUUCUGAUUGGUAUAAUUGGUGUGCUAUACGAGAAUUAUGUCAAUUACUUCCUUCAAAAUGUUUAUUUAGAAAAGUUAGCUUUUACAAAAAUAUUGAAGAAAAUAAUUUUUAUUUUAAUUAUUUUUUAAUUAUUGAAGUUGAAAAUGUUUUGUUAGAAAUUAAUAAUGUUAUAAAUUGUAUAAAUAAUGUUCAAUUACUUUGCUAUAAUAAAGCAAAUAUUGGAUUAUAUGAAGAAAUUGAAUUUGAGAUUGAUUUAGAAUUACUUCAAGAAUUGGUUUUAUGUGCGAAAGCAAUUAAUUGUUCAAAUCAUAGAUUAGCUGUUAAUUUUAAUAAUGUUUGUUCCUUUAGAGGAGAUUUAAAAGAAGAAAAAUUUUCUACUCAACCUCCAUUUUUACUUCCAAAUUCUUCUGUUUGUCCAUCAUUUUCUUCAAUUUCAAUUUAUUCAGAAAAUAAUUUAAUUUGUAAUAAUUUCCCUAAAGAAAGAUUUAUUUCAAAUUCAACAAGUAUUUAUAGUAAUAGUGAUUAUUAUUUUGAUGCCCAAAUGGACGAAAUUGAAUAUACAAUAAUACCUGAAAAUAAAAUUGAAGAAACUUCUUUUAAAAAUUUUAAUUUUGAAAGAGAAGAGGAAGAAAUUAAAAGUGAAAGAAUUGGAAAAACAAAUUUUAAUUAUGAAGAAGAAGAAGAUUUAAAAGAAACAUUUGAAAUUAAAAUAAAUAAAAAUGAAAGGAAUAUUUCGAUAAUGAAGGGAGGAAAUGACGAUAAUAUUUUAAAUAUUCAGUCUAUAAAAAAUUAUCCUUUUCGAAUUAAAAAUAUUUUUAAAAAAUUUUUUGAUUAA